AUGGAACUUACCCAGAUGCAGAUAUUCAUAAUCGUGUUGUUCAUUAUUAUAUUCGUCAUUGGAAUGUCCGGCAAUGUAUACGUCAUUAUAAUCAACCUGAAACCAAAGACUGAACACAAGACUAUUGCUAUAUAUAUUAUUAAUCUAGCGAUGGCCGAUAUCUUUUAUAUAAGUGGAACACCAUUUCUUGCAAUAUCUGCAUAUAAACGAAACUGGUUAUUUGGCGAUGUUGGAUGUCGACUUAUUUACUGCUUAGAUUUGCUGACAAUGCAUAGCAGUAUUUACACUUUAGUCGUUAUGAGUAUAGAACGUUAUCUCGCCGUUGCACAUCCAAUAAGUGCAAUGCAAUACAGUACAUCUAAAUACGCCAGAUUGUUUUGUUUGUUUAUCUGGUUUUUUGCAGCCUGCAGUGCACUUCCUAUGUUUGUAUAUACAAAACAGGUGUAUGAACUAUAUAAUAAUGGUUCGAAUACAUAUUAUUGCUACCAAGAAUGGCCAAUGGAGACCAGUUAUAGAACUUACAUAACUGCGUUAUUCGUUUUGGAUUAUGUCUUGCCCUCAAUCAUUAUGUUCGUAUUGUACACGAAACUGAUAAAAAUAUACUGGUCACGAGUUAUACCAAGUGAGUCAGAAAACCAAAACUUGAAUAUGUCUAAACGCAAAAUUGCGAAAACUCUUUUCAUAAUCAUUGUAGUAUUUUGGUUGUGUUACACGCCAUUUUGGGUUUUCAUACUUUGGCAUCUUUAUUCAACUUCGGGGAACUUCACUGUUGCUCAAUCAUACGUAAACGUAGUGGUGAUAUGUAUGGUAUAUGCCAAUGGUUGUGCCAAUCCAUUCUUAUACACGCUGAUGACAAAGCAAGCUAGCCAGAUUCAAAGAAACUUUAUGAAGUGUUGUACGUGUAAUAACACCCCAUCAUCCAAUACAUUAGAAGAUGAACGUGACACAUACAUUUGCAAUAAUGAUGUCCAUACGCUGGCCGCAAACGAGACUAAUAUAUAG